GUCGCAGUCAGUGGGUGUGCGACUCCCUUGAACAGACGUCUCUUUGCAGGGAUGGGGAAAGACAUCGGCAACGGCGAACUGCAAGCAUUAGAGGAGAGGACUGGAAUCCCAGAAUGCAGUACAAAAACAAAGGCUGCUCCAGCAUUCGAGGAGGUCCUGGACGCCAUUGGGUCCAGAGGGAAGUUCCAGACGAGGCUGAACAUCGUCUUCGUUUGCUUUGCCUCAUGCUUCGACCUGAUGAGUGUCAACGUGUUCUACCUGGCUGUGCAGACUCCAGAUCACUGGUGCUACGUGCCUGGCAGGGAACUUUCUAACCUUUCAGUUGAGGAGUGGAAGAACCUCACCAUACCGAGGGAAGGAGCCUCGUUCAGCAAGUGCCUGAUGUACAACCAGAGCUAUGUGACGGACUUCGGCGGCAGCAGGGAACCUGUGAAGUGCCAGCACGGCUGGGAGUACGACGACACGUGGUUCUCCCUGACGGUGACGUCACAGAUGAACUGGGUGUGCGACAACCGCCAGGCCGUCAACGACGUCUUGUUCUUCUCACAGAUUAUUGGAGUCGCCCUGGGGUUACUGUUUGGCUACAUAGGCGACAUGUACGGCCGACGCCCCCAGCAGCUGCUGUGCCUGUCAGCCCACGUGGUCAGCAGGCUGCUGGUCGUGCUGUCUCCACACGUGCUGCCACUCUUCAUCCUGGCAGCAUCCCUCGUGUCAGCCGCAUCUGGGCCCAUGGUCGAAUCGGUCAUGUCUGUUGGCUUGGAGCUGACUGAUAUCAAGAACCGCACUGCGAUCAACUGCUACGCAUCCUGCAGCAUGGCCGUUGGAGUGAUUCUCGCUGGUCUGGUGUCUUGGGCGAUGCCCAAUUGGAACUAUUCCGUCUCGUUUGCCGCCCUCAGUUGUUUUGCGCUGUUCUGCUUCUUCAGUUGGUUCCCCGAGUCUCCACGCUGGCUGGCGUGCAGGGGUCGCGAGCAGGAGGCGCUGGCUGUUGUGCGUCGCAUAGCAGCCACCAACGGCUCCACGGUGCCCCCGUUCGCCCUGCAGGUGAUCCAGACCGUGGCCAAGAGCAAGACAGACAGGAGGGGCUUCCUCAGCAUCUUCACCAGCUUUAACCUCGUCAGGAACACAACACUCCUCAUCAUUGCCAGGUCGGUGCACCUGCUGGCAAUGUACUCACUGGUGAUAGCGGUGAGCCGACUGAGCGCGAACCCUUUCCUGGGGAUAGUGGCGCAGGGGGCGGCCAAGCUGCCUGGCCACUUCAUGGUGAACUACUUUGCGGCGAGGUUCGGUCGCCGUUGGCCCAGUGUAGGGUGUGCACUGUUGGCUGCACUGGCCAGUCUACUCAUCUUCUGCCUGCUGACUGAACACAUCGCGGGUGCAGCCAUCGUGAUGGCGACCAUGCUGAUGCAGUUCAGCACCGUCGCCGGUAUGGGCAUGGCAAACCUGCAGAGCAUCGAGUUGCACCCCACGUGUCUCCGCCAGAUCGCAACGGGUGUCGAGUACGCCGUUGCUGGAAUUUCCUUGUCUUCCCUGCCCUACCUGGUGCUGAUGGACGACAAGCGACUUCCGUUCGCCAUCCUCUGUGCCCUCGAGUUGAUGGUAGCGUUUUCUGUGUCGUUCCUGCCAGAAUCUGCGUUGCAGCGAUUGCCAGAGACGUUAAGGGAUGGUGCCGAAUUUGGCAGAGGGCAACCCUACUGGAGCUGGAAACCAAAACCACCUCUUCAGUACGCCACAGAAUAAAGGAGUUCCAGAAGUUUCUUAUAGUGUAGUUCUACACUGGUCAUAGCGUAGCAGCUGACAUGUUAAUGCGACGCUAGCAGCCUACGACUUCUGUUUGCUGACGUCUUGCAUGACUUGCUCGGCCUGCUAUGAGUGGUUAACAGUGCAGUUCGAACUUUAUUUCAAAUCUGUAAACAGUAGCACGAAAACUAAGGCUGACCAGGAUUAGAUUAUAAAUUUACUUUCUGGUGCAACUAGAGACUCCUCAGAAUCAGUUUUUACAAGACACAGGCAAUAAUUACUGGACGAACUACUUGCAGGAUCUAUCUCCACGUCCAUCUCCAUGGUUUCUGUCUAACCAUUUAUGACCGCCCUAUCCAAUAAACGCUACACCAAACUAAACCAGCAUAGAAACCGCACCUACUGGCUAUCCAAAGAAAACAAAAUUUCACAAUAGACUAAAACUACAGGCUGCACAACUAACAGCCUUAAUCUGAGGACUAAUCCUGUUAUUCCAACGUCACCUGGAUUUAUACCCCCUUACACCCACACCUUUAAUUUUAACACUCCCCCUAAAAUGAUACUAUGCAACUCUCCUUGCUCUCUGUAUCCACCUACUACCUCUUCCCCCCCUCCCCCACCUGUUACACCUACAAGCGCUCCACAUCCAAUUCCAAAAAAAAUUUAAUCACUUCCCACAACCUGCCCACGAAAUCCCAUCCAGAGAUCUACCCAUCGUUCCAUCUUUAACAGAAUUCUCUUCUUGCUUCCAUGUGUGUGUGUUACAGUUCGCAACCCCAAACCACUUUUUUGGGUCCUUCUCCUCAACUCUUCACUCCUAUAUUCUUCCGAAAACGCAUUUAAGCAGGUGAAAUGUUAAAUAGAAUUAUUAUUGAGAGUGAUGUAAUUAUAUAUGGAUAUAAACGCCACCUACUCUUUGCAUACAUUUAGUAAAAUGAAGACCGCCAUUUAAAGGAUUUAAAAAAAAUUAAAAACCAGCAAAUAUCAGUAUUUAAAUUACAGUCUGAA